AUGGGGGGGCGGCAGAGAGGGCGGGGAGGCGGAGAGAGCGGCCCGGCACAGAGCCAAGUACCAUGUGCAGCGCAUCCCGUCGAAGCAGAGGAGCCAGGCCAGAUGCGGCUGGUAUCACUUCAGCAGUACGGCAACAUGCUGUCAGAUAACCUGGUCACUCACCAAAUUAGUGCUUGCGAAGCCUUCCGCGACUGUGGGUCACGGAACAAAGGAGCAACAAGGAAGUCCGUCCGUGGCUUCUUGCACCACGCGAGGGGGGCCUGGACCUGUUACCUCGUCGUUGAGCAGGGUGAGCUGGGAUCCUUGAUGCACUGCAGCAGCACGGCAACAAAAUUUGUCAGCAUGACCUGA